GGAAUGACCAUGGAUAAAAGUGAGCUUGUACAGAAAGCCAAGCUGGCCGAGCAGGCCGAGCGCUAUGAUGACAUGGCCGCGGCCAUGAAGGCGGUCACGGAGCAGGGGCACGAACUCUCCAACGAAGAGAGAAACCUGCUCUCAGUGGCCUACAAGAACGUGGUGGGUGCCCGCCGUUCUUCCUGGCGCGUCAUCUCCAGCAUUGAGCAGAAGACGGAGAGGAACGAGAAGAAGCAGCAGAUGGGCAAGGAGUACCGCGAGAAGAUCGAGGCUGAGCUGCAGGACAUCUGCAACGAUGUGCUGGAGCUGUUGGACAAAUACCUUAUUCCCAAUGCUACACAACCAGAAAGUAAGGUGUUCUACUUGAAAAUGAAAGGCGAUUACUUUAGAUACCUUUCUGAGGUGGCAUCUGGAGACAAUAAGCAAACCACUGUGUCAAACUCCCAGCAGGCUUACCAGGAAGCUUUUGAAAUUAGUAAGAAGGAAAUGCAGCCUACACAUCCAAUUCGACUUGGGUUGGCGCUGAAUUUCUCAGUCUUUUACUAUGAGAUCCUAAACUCCCCGGAAAAGGCUUGCAGCCUGGCGAAAACGGCAUUUGAUGAAGCAAUUGCUGAGCUGGAUACACUGAAUGAAGAAUCUUACAAAGACAGCACUCUGAUCAUGCAGUUGCUUAGGGACAAUCUCACUCUGUGGACGUCGGAAAACCAGGGAGAUGAAGGAGAUGCUGGGGAGGGAGAGAACUAAUGCCUGCCGUGCUUCGUGAUCUGUUCACUGUCACUCUGUACCCUCCACAUAUAUCCCUUUGUGCGAUAUAAAAACAAAAAAAUCGUACAUCGACUUUCGAUUUUUCACAGCCUCAGCCUAGCAAAAAUGGUUCAUGGGAUGAACAGCUGGUAUUCGUAUCUAAAUCUCAGAUUGGUCACAUAAAUGCCACGGCAUUCUGAAGUUUUGAUUUUGAUUAACAUUGACAGGAUUACUGUGUGUUUAAUUUUCAAAAACUGAACACUGUGAUUAUGGGGUUUUGUAACUUAGCAGAACUCUUACUGGUAGAAAAAAAAACAGACCUGAAUGAUGUGUAACUUUUUGGAAAGUGUAAUCUGAUCUCAAGAGUCACUGAAGUACAGUUCCAUUGUAAAGUUGUACAGAAAGUUAUAGAGAUUAUAUUGUGACGCUGGGACUUGGCGUGAGACACCUGUCAUCCAUGGCAUUCAGGUUUCCUGGUGAUUCACAGUGAUUCUGCCUGUGGCUCAGGCCUUAGACACACUUGGGCUGUUGCUGCUCAAAUGUUCCUAACUGCAGAUGUCUGCAGUCUCUUACGGAGACUCGAAGGCCAAAAUCGAAAUUCCUUGUGGCAGAUACUGAGCUCUUGACAUCCUGAAGAGGUCCAGUGCUCUAACCGCCUAAGUCCCCUUUUCCUCCAGCAAUAUGUCACCGAUUUGCUUCAGUGGUGGAAUCUGUUUUCCUUGUAACCACAAGCUUAAGAAAGUCGUGUCUCUCAUGACUGGCCUUAUCUGUCUCCUGGAAAACACCUACAAGACCAGUGUUGUGCAGAGCCUGCCUUCCACCCAAGGAGGAGGAGGACGCCAUCUCGGCUUCCUCCAGCUCGGGGCUUGAAAUUUUUGAGAUCAAAACAUUGGCUCCUGCUGCCCUUUCUUUCACGGUUAGCAGCUUUGAUUUCCUCUUCCCUAAUCUUUACCUUUCUGUUCUCCUGCUUUUGGACUUUUGGGAUUUUUUUGUUUGUUUGUUGGAAUCCUACUUUUAUUUGCUCGUUGUUUGAUACUGCCCGGGCAGGGAGGGGGACCUGGAGGGGUGAGAGACACCUGAGCACUUUUGGUGAGCAGGUCCUUCCGGAGACAUGGGAGGAACUUCCGGCUCCCGUCUGCCCGCCCCCCACCCCCCGUCCCCGCAUUCCAUCUUCCUCCGGUUCUCAGCACAGUGGUUGCUCCACAGUCAGACCGAGAUUUGAAUCAUCGAAGUAUUUGAAGUAGCCGUGAUUUCUCCCUACAUUGCAGCCAGCCCCGAUUACGCUUGUUAGUACCUGUCACCAGAUCUCCCAAGUCUCCUCACCCAGCCAGGUUCACAGACAAGUUUCAACAAGACUCUUAGCACAGGGAAGUCGCGUGAACACUGCAACGGGGAGAAUCCAGACGAGCCAGGCCUACCAGUCUCACAGUGCUCCCUACCCCCCUCAACAUUCCACCUAGCUGUAGUGUCCAUCUGUUUGUCCAUCUGCUGAAAUGAGAAAAAAAAAAAUUCAUGCACUGAUUUUAAACCAAAAAAAAAAAACCACAAAAAAAAAAAAUCCCUUCCCUUUCUAGCUGAACAAAAACGUGCAGUUAAUACUUGGCGCUUGAAAAUGCAGUAGUGAGUGUGGAACGAGCCUGUCUGUAUAUCUGGUCGCUCUUUCUUGCUUUGUUUUUUUCCUUACCAGUGUUCUGCCUCACGUUUGCUUCUGUGGUGGUCAUAUUGCCUAGCAAGCACACCCGUGGUUGUGAAAAUAGUAUAGAAAAAAAGAAAAAUCCCCGGUUAUUGAUGUACUAGAUUUGUGUGUGUCUUUUAAACAGUUCUAGUUUCCACCUUACACGGAAUAAUCAGGAAAAGUGUAAAAACUCAAAAGUAAAAUAAAAAAUUUUAUCAGUUA